CGUUGACCUGAGCGGCGCUAGGACCACGCGGAAAACAGGUCACAGAGUCACUUUACAACCAGGAGACAGUCUGAGGUUUCACUACGGCUGGAAUUUGAACUAAGUUCCUCUCAACUACAUUGUAAUCUGUGGCGGUAAAAACAAACAAACAAACAAAAGCGCUUUAUGUUAUUUUAAAAUCUCAGUUGAACGGGGCGUCAAGUCGUUUGCGUCUAUGUCUUGUUCCUCUUUCCUCCUGUGAUCUUCCUGAAAACACCUGCGUGCUUCAGGUAACUCACCGAUGAAGAGGGAAGUCCCUGGGCAGUGAGCGGUGAAAAAGUUUGUCCUGCAGGGAUGUGUUCCAGUCAGGGUAUAUGCGGCGGCAACAACCGUCCCAACAGAUCCUCCAGCUCGGAGGGAAGCGGUUCAGGCGCUCACUAUGCUCUGUGCGCCCUGGGAGUGGGUCUCAUCGCCCUGGGUAUCGUCAUGAUUGUGUGGACUGUGAUACCGAUGGACGGAGAGUCCUCCGGAGGGGCCACCACACUGUCAGGUAACUCCACCACACUGACCCCGAGCGAUGAUGAUAGGGAGGACAGCACCAAGUCUUCAACGGUGGCUAUGGUUCUGGUUGGAGUUGGAGCAGCCAUGUUGCUUUUAUCCAUUUGCCUCGGCGUGAGGAGCAAGAGGAACGCACGCAACAGAAGCAACCAGCCAGUACCAGCAACAGGAGUCCUCCUCAUGGACCAUGUGGCAGGGCAGCAGGGAGAACCAGCUGCAGACCCAACCACAUUCAACGUGCCGAGCUACGAGGAGGUCGUCGGCAGUGGCGACUACCCCGUCCGCCGUAGCAACCUUCGCGAUAGCACCUCCCAGCUGCCAUCCUACGAAGACAUCAUCGCUGCCGUGGAAAAUGAGGGAGCAGAGCCCACUAACAACCCCACCGAGGGCACCCCUCUUAACGAUCCCACACCAGCUCCCCCUCAACCUGCCGCCGAGCCCCAGGCUGACCCGUCUGGCCUCACAUCCAACCCGAGCCUGCCCACCCGCAGCAGCAGCCGGGCCAGCCGUUUACUGCGGCCCCUCCGGGUGAGGAGGAUCAAGUCAGACAAACUGCACCUGAGAGACUUUCGCCUUCAAAUCCGCAGCCCCACACAGAAUCCAGUGACCAUUGAACCCAUCACACCACCACCACAGUAUGACAAUAAGAUGCCUGAAUUAGGGUAGUGUCUCUCACUUACUGCCUGUUCCCAAUGAUUAAAAAUAUCUGUGUUAAAUGGACUAAUGAUAACACUUUUGAGAACCCACUUUCAAGGUUGGUAUAAAGUAGGUUAAGUGUGGCUGCGAGCAGCGCGAUGGAGGCCGUGCAGACACACUCCUGACAUGAGAAUAUUUCAAGUGAAUCUAUUGCUCUUUAUCACUGAAGCUUGUGAUUUGCAUAUUUAUUCUGUUAUAAUGCAUAAUUAAGUUUGUCUGAAAGAAAGAUAUUUUGUUUUAAACAUCAUGCCAUAACUUAUAUUAAACAUGAGACAGCCUGUCAGUUUUAUUUAAUAGCCAGUUUUGUGCUAUAAUAGACAAUCUCUUUAAUGUUUUUCACUUUACCAGGAAUAAUUCAUGUUGCUGUAAGUCGAUUAGUUGUUUAAUUAAUUGUGGAAAGAUUUCAACCACAUGUUGUGUUAAAGGGGGGAAACUAAUUACUUAGGAGAUUUUAAUGUGGUAUUGCGUAUCAUGGUAUAAUAUCAAAAAGUCAUUAGACCUACAACAAACUUUUUCUGAUUUGUAACUGAAGAAAAUGCACUGAGGCCAAAAUAUAUGACCAUUAGCUAUUUGUUUUUGAAUGCUUUUUGUUAGUUGUUUUUAAAUCUAUUGUCUUAAACAAAGUGGUUCUUGAAAAUGGAAAUGGUAUGUGUAUGAUGCCCUGUGUCAGUUAUAAUCCAUAACAGUAAAACCAGAAGUAAACUGUUGGGUAUAAUGGCAUGGGAUGUGACAAUUAAACAUGCUUUGCUUCGUUAGAUUUUUAAAGGUGUUUAAACUAUGCUGUAAUAUUUGUAAAAAAAAAAAAAAA